AUGGCGGAGAACCUGGCAUCCUUUCAUAGGUCCAUGCAGAGAGAAAUACCACCAGUAGCACCUUACGCAAGUACACUCCAGGAACUCAAGGCAGAGCUCAAGCACUCUGCAUAUUUUUACAUUGUAUUUCAGUCCAGCUCCCAAAUGUACCUUCAGGAGUUGGUGUCAUUUGAAGACAUAGCUGUGGACUUCACCUGGCAAGAGUGGCAGCACCUGGAUGUUGUUCAGCAAAACCUCUACAGAGAUGUGAUGCUGGAGAACUACAGCAGCUUGUUGUUCUUGUGGAACUGUAUGACCAAGCCAGAUUUGAUCUUCAAGCUGGAGCAUGGAUUUGCACCAUGUAGUGUCUUAGAAGUCACAAGUCAAAGGCGUCCAGAAGUAACAAGUCAACAGAAAAUGUACUGGACAAAGUCUGAUCAUUUUAAACAAUGCCAGAAUACCAUUUACCAGAAGUUACAUAAGAUGUAUUAUCAUGGAACAAACACAGGUGACAAGGUAUAUGAAUGGAAGACAGGCUUUAUCUCCAAGUCUCACUUGACUAAGCAUCAGAGAACUCAAGCAGGGGAGAAACCUUAUGACUGUAAUGUAUGUGGAAAAGCUUUCCUCACCCAGUCACUUCUCACUGUUCAUUAUCAAACUCACACUGGUUAUAAGCCCUAUGAAUGUAGCAAAUGUGGGAAAGCCUCUGUUCUGAACUCAGAUCCUAAUAAGUAUCAGAGAACUCAUACAGGUGAGAAGCCUUAUGAAUGUGGAAAAGCUUACAUCACCAAGUCACAGCUUACUGUGCAUCAUCAAACACACACAUGUGAAACGCCAUAUGAAUGUUUGGAAUGUAGAAAAUCUUUCAUCUCCAAGUCAUGCCUCAUGAUGCAUCAGAAAACUCACACAGGUGAGAAGCCAUAUGAAUGUACUGAGUGUGGGAAAGCCUUCAUCUCCCGUUCAAAACUUAAUAGGCAUAAGAGAACUCAUACAGGUGAAAAGCCAUAUGAAUGUACUGAGUGUCGGAAAGCUUUCUUCUCCAAGUCAUAUCUCACAGAUCAUCAGCUAACUCAUGCAGGUGAGAAGCCAUAUGAAUGUUUUAAAUGUGGGAAAUCCUUCCUCUACAAGUCAAAAUUAAUUACUCAUUUUAGAAUUCAUACAGGGGAGAAACCAUAUGAAUGUACUGAAUGUGGAAAAGCAUUCAACUCCAAGUCAUAUCUUAUUAAGCAUCAGAGAACUCACAUAGGUGAGAGGUCAUAUGAAUGUACUAAAUGUAAGAGAUCCUUCAUGUCCAGGACACACCUAAUGACUCAUUGGAGAACUCAUACAGGUGAGAAGCCAUAUGAAUGUACUGUUUGUGGGAAAGCCUUCAUCUCCAAGUCAGGUUUUAGUGUGCAUCAGAGAACUCACAAAGGUGAAAAGUCAUAUGAAUGUACUGUAUGUGGGAAAGCCUUGUUCUCCAAGUCAUGUCUUAUUGUGCAUCACACAGUUCACACAGGUGAAAAGCCAUAUGAAUGUGCUCAAUGUGAGAAAACCUUCAUCUGUAAGUCACAUCUUAUUACUCAUCAAAGAACUCACAGAGGCGAAAGGGCAUAUAAAUGUACCGAAUGUGAGAAAACUUUCAUCCACAAGUCAUAUCUCAUUAGGCAUGAGAGAACUCAUACAGGAGAAAGGCCAUAUGAUUGUGCUGAAUGUGGUAGAGCCUUCACCACCAAGUCAUAUCUUAAAUUGCAUAAGAGAACUCACACAGGUGAGAAGCCAUAUGAAUGUACUGAAUGUGGGAAAGCCUUCAACUUCAAAUCACAUCUUAAUAGGCAUCAGAGAUCUCACACUGGUGAAAAGCCAUAUGAAUGUACUGAGUGUGGGAAAGCCUUCACCCAGAAGUCACAUCUCACUAACCACCAGAGAACUCACACAGGUGACAGACCAUAUGAAUGUACCAAAUGUAUCAGAGAACUCAUACACGUGAAAAUUCAUAAAAAUGUACUGCCUGUGGGAAAUCCUUCAUCCACAAUCCAAAGCUCACUAAAAAUCAGAGAACUCACAAAUGUGAAAAGCCAUUUGAAUGUGGUGAAACUUUCAUCUCCAAGUCAGAUCUUAAGAAGCAUUGGAGAAAUCACACAGACAGUGGGAAACAUGGGGUCGUGGGACACUGCCAGCAUGCACUGCUGUGAGCCGUGCCUGGACCUCACAGCACAUGCCGUGAUGCUGACGGAAGUGAGGGUGUGA